UCGUGGAAAUGAUAGAUGGAAGAAAGAUUAUAAAGUGACACAAGCAAUCUUUAGCCAAGAGACAUUAUCGAUGGUCAUACCUAUGGCCGCUGUUUCUUGCAUGCUUGCUUUUCUUCUCUCUUGUCUAAUAUCUAGAGCCAGCGCCCAGGUUACCCACAAGUACUGUGAUAACAAGGAAGGGAACUACACAAUCAAUAGCACCUAUCACAACAAUCUCAACACCCUUCUAUCCAAGCUUUCUUCCCACACAGAAAUUAAUUAUGGUUUCUACAACUUCUCAUAUGGUCAAAACAAUGACAAAGUAAACGCCAUUGGGCUAUGCAGAGGAGAUGUUGAGCCAGAUAAGUGCCGCAGGUGCCUCAACGAUUCUGCAGCCACGAUCACACAGCUUUGUCCAAACCAGAAAGAGGCAUAUUUGUGGUUGAAGACCAACGAAUGCCAGUUGAGUUAUUCUCCGCGCUCAAUAUUCGGUGUCGUGGAAUCUUCUCCUUGGUUCUACAUGAAGAACAGUAACAAUGUAACGGAACCGGAUAAGUUUAACCAAGCCCUCACCAACUUAAUGAAGAAUCUCACAGCCGUGGCUGCAUCAGGUGACUCUCGUCGCAAGUAUGCUGCGGAUAGUGUUGAUGUUUCAACUCUUCAAACCAUAUAUGGUCUUGUGCAGUGCACCCCUGAUUUGUCCGAGACAGACUGCAAUAGAUGCUUGGAUGGGGCUAUAUACGAAAUCUCAUCGUGUUGUGCGAACAAGAAGGGUGUUAGAGUUGUUAGACCAAGUUGUAAUAUUAGAUUCGAAACUUACAGCUUCUACGAUCAAACGCCUAAAUUAGACCCUGAUGCAAUACCACCAUCACCAUCAUCUCCUUCCUCCUUCAAUAACACUUCCGCCAAAGAGAGCAAAAACACAACAAUUGUCAUUGCCGUUGUUGUUCCUACUGUCGUUCUUGCUGUCGUUUCCCUCCUUUGUCUCUGCAGUUAUUUAAGUAGGAGGAAGGCAAGAAAACGUUUAGCAGUUAAUCAAGAUGAUGAUGACAUCGAAAUUACUCAGUCAUUGCAAUUUGACUUCGAGACAAUACGAGUUGCUACAGAAGACUUCUCUGAUUCUAAUAAACUUGGAGAAGGUGGAUUUGGAGCUGUUUACAAGGGUAGGCUCCCCAAUGAACAGAUGAUUGCGGUCAAAAGGUUGUCAAGUGGAUCCAGCCAAGGAGACACAGAGUUUAAGAAUGAAGUGCUUUUAGUGGCCAAGCUUCAGCACAGAAAUUUAGUCAGACUACUUGGUUUCUGCUUGGAAGGAAGAGAAAGGCUACUCGUCUAUGAGUUUGUUCCUAACAAAAGCCUUGAUUAUUUCAUAUUUGAUCCAGCCAAGAAAGCACUGUUGGAUUGGGCAAUGCGAUACAGAAUCAUAAAAGGUAUUAGCCGAGGGCUUCUCUACCUUCACGAAGAUUCUCUUCUGCGUAUUAUACAUCGUGAUCUCAAAGCAAGCAAUAUUCUCUUAGACGAAGAGAUGAAUCCUAAGAUAGCAGAUUUUGGCAUGGCAAGACUGGUUUUACUGGAUCAAACUCACGCAAAUACAGAUAGAGUUGUGGGAACCUAUGGAUACAUGGCACCGGAGUACAUAACGCAAGGACAAUUUUCGGUGAAGUCAGAUAUCUUUAGUUUUGGUGUACUGCUUCUUGAGAUCGUAAGUGGCCAGAAAAACAGUAGCUUUCGUCAUGGGGAGAAUGUUGAAGACCUACUGAGCUUCACAUGGAGAAACUGGAGGGAGGGAACAGCUGUAAAAAUUGUAGAUCCAUCAUUGAACAACAAUUCAGUAAAUGAAGUGAUGAGAUGCAUUCAUAUUGGUUUGCUCUGUGUUCAAGAAAACAUAACUAAUAGACCAACCAUGGCGACCGUUAUGCUCAUGCUCAGUAGCUAUUCUCUCAGUCUUCCCAUCCCUUCUGAACCUGCAUUUUAUGCCCACAGUACAACUAGAAGCCUUCCAGCCACGUAUUCAUGGGGACACAGUUCAAGGGCAACAACAAACAAAUCUGCUCAAGAGUCAGAAAAUGAGAAUUCAAUAACUGAGCUGUACCCUCGCUAGAUUUUGGUAACGGGAUUGAUAUUCGUUCACUAUCAAUACUUAGACUACGUAAAUAC